CAAGCGUGGGUAAUCUAGGCGUCUUGGUCAGCCGUGCUUUCAUGAAGGCUGAAAGUAAAGUACAUACGGUGGUCGUCAUUAAUCUGUGCACUGCUGACUUCCUUAUGGGUCUGUAUCUGCUUAUCAUUGGCACCCAAGAUGUAAAAUACCGAAAUAAAUACAACCAGUAUGCGUUGGAGUGGACCAACGGUGUGACGUGCAAGGUUUCCGGUCUCCUCGCCAUGAUCUCCAGUGAGGUCUCGGUCCUGACACUAAUGUUCAUAUCUCUAGAGCGCUACUUCAUUAUAGUCUACCCAUACAGCUUUCAGAGGAUCAAGACAAGAAGGGCGAUCAUGGUGUUGGCCUGUAUAUGGUGCUUCGGAACUUUGCUUGCCGUGUUCCCGAUGAUUCCCGUAGAAUACUUUGGGAAUUUCUAUGGGAGCAAUGGUGUGUGUUUUCCCGCUGCACCUCCAUGA